GCUGUGUACCGUAUGAUCUCACUUAAUCGUUUUAAUAAAUGACAUCAAAUCGCAUACUGCGGAUUCGCCGUGAGGCCCGUUACAGCCAAGCCGUUCCACGGAGAUGUCGUAUAAGGUAGACGUUUGUCCCGCCGCUGACGGAUGGUGAAACGCUCAAUCAGCCUGUGGAUGCUUGAUGUCCGUUAUGAAACGCAAUGCUGCACUGGGUGCCGAAUGUUAGGCGCAGCGCUUUUGAGAUCAAAUGAAUCACAAGGAACCAAUUUAGCUGCAAAAGACUCCUGCGGCGCGGACGGUUCAAGGUGGCCCAGCAUCCUUCUGCUCAGCCCUCAGCUUCCUGUCUUCUCUUGGACUGUGGAUAACAAGAAGCCUUCAAGACGGAGGGGGUGGUGGAGCAUCGAGGAAAAAAUAGGGGCAAUAUGAGAGAGCGGGACUUCAUGCCCAAUAUGGAGAGGGGCAAACCUGCCACUUACACGGGGGACAAAAAGGCAAAGAUGGCUGCUAAGACUAACAAGAAGUGGGUGAGACUAGCCACUGUUUUUGCAUAUGUAUUGUCCGUGUCCUUAGCAGCCAUUAUCCUGGCAAUUUACUACAGCCUGAUCUGGAAACCAACUAGUGCAUCCUCUUCUGCGGGGAAGCCGGGGGUGCCUGAAGAGGUCACCCCCACCGCAAACAUCUCAACUGAUAUUACCACAAGCAACAAUGCCUCAGAGUGGAACUCUACACAGACAGGGCUGCUAUCUCUCAACCACAGCACGCAGGGCACAACCCCACACAGUCAAGCGUUUCAGUGGGAUGGCAUAGCCGAGAGUGUGGCCGUUUCCCCGCGCGGUGCCGGAGCAGACGUUGCGCACUCGCAGCAGGAGGAAGGACUCUACGCAUCAUCCCACGGUCACACAGGCGCGGAGAGAUCGGGCACUUUGGGUAGAGAGACGCGCGCGUCUCAAAGCCAUUACACCCAGUCGAGCACCAGGGAGUCUGGCGCUGCUUUCAACGAGGACGAGGAGGAGAGGCAGACGCGCGGUCGGGGCGUAGGGGCGACAGACCAACGCGACCCCGAACAGGCGCCUGCUGCAGAUUCUGCAACUGUCCCUCCGACGAGAGGAGACUGAUCGGGCCUGACUCCCUCUACCACCACCACCACACACCCCCUGGCCCCUCAUACACACACACACACACACACACACAAACUGACCCAACAAGGAGUGUUUUGCAGACUCAGUGCCGCAGGUCGGAUAACACACGGGUCUUCUUCUUUAAACUCAUUCUGCAGAUCCCCAAUGUGGAUGCUGAACUGCACGUUACCUGAUACCUGGCUCUUAUGGCUGAAUAAAGAGGAGACCCCGCUUCUUCUGUGAACACUGUUUCCCCCCUCAACACUAACUAUGCGUUUUUUUCCGUCUUAGGCCAUCUGUAUGCCUUAAAAUCAGUGUGUGUCUACUUUACCUCGGACAGCUUCCGUGGCCACUAACCUGCCUGUACGUGUGUACAAGACUGGUAUAGAUAUUUUUGUUAAAUGAAUAGGACAAAGGCUCCAGAGAUGCUUUUGGUUUUGUAGGACAUUAAUAUGUCUCACGGGCAUACAGCGCUUAACAUCACUGCCAUUCAUCAGCUGGUCAAAAUCAAUACUGCAUUAUUGCAUUUUAACAUAGGCUGUACUUUUCUUUUCAUGGAUCAAACCUGGAUUCCGAGUAGAAGAACCCGCAUUAUUGAGUUAUGCUCAGGUAUGUGCAUAUAACCAUGUAAAUGUAUUGUGUAUUUGGUUAUGUACAUAUAGGGCAGGCAUACAUCUUUUUGGCCUUGAUGAACUUUUAGUGUAAUUAGAUGAUUUUUAUUAAAGGUACAGUAUGUAUAAUAGGUAUAACUAUAUCACAAGGUACAAAUAAACAUCCUUAGAAAAUGAUUCAUUUCUAUGGUUUUAUACAUCCAUAACAGAUCUAUGUAAAUCACGAAUUACCCUGUAUGUUAAUGAUAUUUUAUUUACUCAGAGCCAGAAUGGAAAAUACAUAUUCAAAUAAAUGUUAGGUUUUCCCUAACAGCUAACAUUUUGUUUCAAAAAUGAGAAGAUGGAUUUAAAUGAACAGUGGCUGUCUUCAGGGUGUAGCAGUGCAACAUGCAAAUCCCACUUUUAUUAGCUGAUAUGAGGAAGUAGGUUCAACUGAAAUUAUAAUGACAGUGCAAGUACAAAGAGCAGUCUUGUGAUGUCAACAUUUAAUCAAAUUUUGUUAGGGAGGGGGGCCCUUUAAUUACCUGAGUGAACUGUCCAGUGUGUGAUCAGAGGGACUGUCUGCUGCUCCUCAUAGAAAGAGAAGCAUUCAUCUCUGAGUCUGCCACAGUUCACUCGCUGCAGCUCUCACUGAAAA